AUCCAACCGGAAAUGGUCGGACCUCGUUUCGUGAACAUCCAUAACUUCCUAUUUUUGUUUUGAAUUUUUGAAAAUAGAGGUCCCAGUAGCAGGCUAAUCAGCUGUUCGAAUUGCAUGGUGACCUUAGUAAUGUAUUAGUCUUUAUGUGCUUGGCUCGUUGUUAGUUAUUAUCACCGAUAAACGAGAAGACGUAGGUACACGCGUUCCAACGUGCCGCCGUGGCGUCAAGGAGUUUCGGCGAUCCCUAAAGCCGACAUGUCUACGCUUUUCCCUUCGUUGUUUCCCCGAAUUACUGAGUCUUUAUGGUUCAAUUUAGACCGACCCUGCGUAGAUGAAACGGAACUGCAGCAGCAGGAACAGCAGCAUCAAACCUGGUUGCAGAGCAUUGCUGAGAAGGACAACAAUACACUGCCAAUUGGGAAAACCAUUUUUGAGGGAGGGGGAUAUGAGGAGGAAGAGGAGGAGGACGAUGAGGAUGAAGAGGACAGUGAGGAGGAUUCUGAAGAUGAAGAGGACAUGCAGGACAUGGAUGAGAUGAAUGAUUACAACGAGUCACCUGAUGAUGGCGAGAUCAAUGAGGUGGACAUGGAAGGACAAGACCAAGAUCAAGACCAAUGGAUGAUUUGACAAAGAUUUUGGGCUCAAAGCUUCUCACCAAAACAGGACAGCAAAAUCAGCUGGAAAAGACAGUUGACAAUAACUUUUCCUUUAUUUUUACUUAGGCAAUGCGGCCAGCUACUUGGUGACAAACAUUUCUGAAAGACUGCAUUAGGCAUCAGCUUUAAAAUAAUGACGGGAAUUGCUUACUAUAAGAGUUGCUCUUGGUACGCAGUUCCUCACAGGAGAUUUUGCCUUUGGUUUUGCUUAUCAUCGUUUUGUGCUGUUUCAACACAUGUCACCAGUGAACCUUGACUGUUAAUAUUGUCAUAUGCCACCUGUUAGACUUUCUACCUGACUGAACAUCACCUUAAACACAGCUUUAAGACUUGCUAGUCAUGGUCUGUGGUCAUCAUCUCAUAAACAUGUUGCAGUGACAUUGGCAUAGGUUUUCCAUUUUGUUUUGUUACAUGUGUUGUACUAUAAAUUACAUGAAAAUUUUAUUAAACAAUAUUCUA